AUGUGGGCGUUGAGCCAGACUGGGGCUAGCGGCGUGGAGAGCGGCCGAAGACGGGUCGAAAGCAACGCAACGCAACGUCUCAACGAUCCUCAGCAGGACCGGCAUGUCAAACAUGGCAAGCGACAACGCCGUCAUGACGCACGAGACUCCUGCCGCAGCCCGAUCACCGCUGCGAUCACAAUAUCUACAUUUACAUGGCACACUCAGACACCAACCCUCAAGUUGUAG